AUGGCCUCAAGGCGCACGCCUUCUCCGUGGAGGCUCUCAUCGGGGCCGAGAAGCAGCAGAAGAAGAAGAGGAGGAAGGCUGGAGGAUGGAGCCGGGGAGCAGCCGGGGGUCCCUGAGCUCCCUGCCUGCAGCCUGCCCCCCUCUCCCAGCGAAGAUGGCUAUGGUGGAGUGAAGGCUGCAGUUGGAACUUGUAGUUCUCCCCUGUCCUCUCCUGUGGUGGCUGCUCCCGGGGGACCUGCUGCCUCUGUCAUUCGUGUGGAUCUUCAAGGAGCAGAGUUAUGGAAGCGAUUUCAUGAGAUCGGGACGGAGAUGAUCAUCACUAAGGCCGGGAGGCGAAUGUUUCCAGCAAUGAGGGUGAAGAUUUCAGGACUAGACCCUCACCAGCAGUAUUAUAUAGCCAUGGACAUAGUUCCAGUUGAUAACAAAAGAUACCGCUACGUUUACCACAGUUCUAAAUGGAUGGUCGCAGGAAAUGCGGACUCUCCUGUUCCUCCACGCGUUUAUAUCCACCCAGAUUCCCCAGCAUCUGGAGAGACCUGGAUGAGACAAGUCAUUAGUUUUGAUAAAUUAAAACUUACCAAUAAUGAGCUGGAUGACCAAGGCCAUAUUAUUCUUCAUUCCAUGCACAAAUAUCAGCCACGUGUCCAUGUGAUUCGCAAAGAUUGUGGUGAUGAACUGUCUCCAGUAAAACCGAUUCCAGCAGGAGAGGAUGAGAAAGCAUUCACAUUCCCGGAAACAAUAUUUACUACGGUGACAGCAUACCAGAACCAACAGAUAACCCGCUUAAAAAUUGACAGAAAUCCAUUUGCCAAAGGAUUUAGAGAUUCUGGACGAAACAGAAUGGGGUUAGAAGCUCUUGUGGAAUCUUAUGCGUUUUGGAGACCUUCCUUGAGGACCCUUACAUUUGAAGACAUACCUGGUAUUGCUAAACAAGGAAAUGCAGGAGCAUCAUCUUUACUGUCUGGCUCCGGAGCAGCAGCAACUCAUUCUCACUUAUUGCCAGGUUCCCCUUGUUCUUCUCCAGCUUUCCAUCUUGGAGCAAAUCCAGGUCAGCUUUGUAGCCUUUCUCCAGCAGAUUAUUCAGCAUGUGGCAGAUCUAGCCUUGCACUUAACAGAUAUAGCACUUCUCUUGCUGAGACUUACAACAGACUUGCAAACUCAACCAGCGAAUCCUUUGCAACCCCAAGGACCCCAUCCUAUGUUGGAAUGGGAGGCAGCACUACAGUAAAUAUGUCCAUGGCAGGAACUGACAAUGAGAACUAUGGGUGUCCCCAAACAAGUUUAUCAAUGCAGAUUUCAGGAAUGUCUCCUCAACUGCAGUAUCUCAUGCCUUCACCAUCAAGCAAUGCAUUUGGCAGUGGGCAGCCACAUCAAAGUUCUUACAAUGCAUUUAGACUUCAUAGCCCAUGUGCUUUGUAUGGAUACAAUUUCUCCACUUCCCCUAAACUAGCCUCUAGCCCUGAAAAAAUUGUCUCUUCACAAGGAAGUUUUUUGGGGUCUUCUCCAAGUGGAACCAUGACUGAUCGGCAGAUUCUGUCUCCUGUGGAUGGAGUUCAUCUACUAAGUGGAACAGGACAGCAAAAUUUCUUUGACUCCAGGGGAUUAGGGAGUCUUACACUAUCAACAUCUCAAGUACCUGCACAUAUGGUUUGAUGGAAAUAUUGUUAAAGCAAAUUUUUUUCUUCCAGUAAUGAACUUUAAAUUAAUUUGUUUUUCUUUGUACAUAUGUAUAUAUAACACUAAGAUUAAUGCAUUAACCUGCAAUUACAUUAUUUUUUAAAUUACUUUUUUGUAUUGUAGUUUGCUUACUCACAGAAUAAAUAUCCAAGACACAACCACUCACUUAGCCAAAGUCUUCCACUAAAUAAAUAUGUUUCUUCAGAUCAUUUGUAAUUCAUGUUUUUAUAUCUAUUCUAAUCUUAAUGAGUGACUAUUAUUAAAAUGGAUCAGUAUUUUA